AUGGCAUUUCGUACCAGAUACGGCUCCUACGAAUACUUGGUGAUGCUGUUCGGACUCUGCAACGCACCAGCGACGUUCCAGGCGGAGAUGAACCACAUCCUACGGCCCCUGUUGGACGACUGCGUAGUAGUGUACCUGGACGACAUACUGAUCUACUCCAAGAACAUGAAGGAGCAUGUGGAGCAUCUGCGAAAAGUCUUCGAGAUCGUGCGGAAGAACGAGUUCUACAUGAAGCUAUCAAAGAGCGACUUCACCUUGAAGAAGGUGCAGUUUCUCGGGCACAUGGUGAGUGCGGAGGGCAUACACGUGGACCCGCGAAAGAUCGAAGCCAUCAAGAAGAGGAAAAUACCGGAGAACGUGAAGGAGUUGCAGCAGUUCCUAGGCUUCGUGCCACAGAAGCCGUGA